UGCACACGCGCGAGUUGCACUGGCCUCCUGCCCACAGCCGAGGAGCGCCGCGUCGGCCCCGACCUCGACAGGCGCCGCCACUCCACGGGGGGACUGCGCAGGCGCCCAGCUGCGGCUCCGCCCCUCCCGGCAGCCCCCGCGCCGCAGGUGACAGCAGCCCGCGAGGGCCAAACCUCGCGGAGGCGGUGCGGCCAGCGGCCGCAGCCCGAGCGGGGAUGGAGCCCCAAAGCGUCGCCGGGGGCCUCGCUUUCCGAGGCGCGCACGUCCGCUCCGGGGAGCAGGGGAGGCUGCAGACGGGAGAGUCGGGGCUGGGUGCGCAGGAGCGGCGCUCCAGGCCCCGCGCGGGCCCCCUCGGCACGGGCGCCCGCCUGGCCGCGCUGGCCGUCGCCCUGCGCGUGCUCAACCUCGGCCUGGUGCGCACGAGCUUCGUGCCUGACGAGCACUGGCAGAGCCUGGAGGUUGCGCACCGCCUGGUCUUCGGUUAUGGGCACCUGACCUGGGAGUGGACGCAGGGACUGAGGGGCUACACCUACCCCCUGAUCUUCGCGAGCAUUUACAAGGUUCUGCAUCUUCUGGGGAAGGACAGUGUGCAGCUGCUGGUCUGGACGCCCAGACUGGCCCAGGCUCUGCUGUCGGCCGUAGCGGACGUGAAACUUUACUCACUGACAAAGCGGCUGGAGACCCAGGAGGUGGCCGGAUGGGUGUUCUUUUGCCAGUUGUGCUCUUGGUUUACAUGGUAUUGCUGUACCCGAACCCUCACGAACACCAUGGAGACCGUUCUUACUACGAUUGCUCUUUCCUACUACCCUCUGGAAGGCUCCAAGGCCGUGAACAGUGUGAAGUACACCUCCCUGGUGGCCCUGGCCUGCCUUGUCCGCCCCACGGCCAUCAUCCCAUGGGUCCCGCUGCUUCUCAGACACGUGUGGCAGGAGCCCGCCAAGUGCCGUCUCAUUCUGUGUGGCUUUCUCCCUGUCGGGUUUGUAGCUCUGAGUCUGUCUCUGGUAAUUGAUCGUAUUUUUUUUGGCCAAUGGAUGCUGGUGCAGCUCAAUUUCCUGAGGUUCAACGUGCUGCAGGGCUCGGGCAGCUUCUACGGCUCCCACCCGUGGCACUGGUACCUGGGCCAGGGGCUCCCGGCCGUCCUGGGCCCCCACCUGCCCUUCUUCCUCCACGGCUGUGUGCGAGCCCCAGGGCGCUGCAGGGCACUGCUGGUGCCCGUGCUGUGGACGCUGUCGGUGUACAGCAUGUUGGGCCACAAAGAAUUCAGGUUUAUCUAUCCAGUCUUACCGUUCUGUAUGGUGUUCUGUGGGUACUCGCUCACCCACCUGAGGACGUGGAGGAAGCCAGCGCUCAGCUUCCUGCUUCUGUCCAACGCACUCCUCGCUCUCUACACGGGCUUGGUUCACCAGCGAGGGGCUCUUGACGUGAUGGGCCACAUUCAGGAAGUCGGCUGCAGCAGCGCCAACCUGUCCUCAGCCUCUGUGUUCAUGAUGAUGCCCUGCCACUCGACGCCUUACUACAGCCACGUGCACUGCCCACUCCCGCUUCGGUUCCUGCAGUGCCCCCCAGACCUGACUGGGCAGAGCGGGUAUCUCGAUGAGGCGGACACUUUCUACCUCAACCCCGCAGGCUGGCUCCAGACGGAGUUUCGCGCCACCCCGCUGCCUGCUCGCCUGAUCAUCUUCAGUGUUUUGGAGGAGGAGAUCCGAGCCUUCCUAACCUCAGGGAAUUACGAGAGAACUGCGGUUUUCUUCCACACUCACUUCCCAGAGGGCAGGACUGGAAGCCACAUUUAUGUCUAUGAGCGGAAGUCGGCCAGGCUGCAGGGGACGGGGUGAGAUGGCGCCGAGGUCCAUCCCGCUGCGAUCGAUGGGCUGCACUCAAGGAGUCACAGAAAGACACACACUAGUCCAGACUCCAAUAAAGACCUUUGGUCUUCCUCA